AUACAACGCCUGUACAAUGUUCCUCGACGGUCAGGGACGGCGUGAUGCGUCCAACCACUGAAGAGUUCCAGCAAUAUUUGCCUGCAUUUCUUGUCAGCAAUCCAGUGCCCAAAUGCGCCAAAGGUGGGCAUGCAGCAUACGCCCAGGGUCUCAACUACCUUCUUGAUGACAACAACAAAGCACAUCCACAAGACAGCUAUUUUAUGGCGUACCACACAACGCUGAAGAUUUCCAAAGAUUACUACGAGGCCCUGAGAUCGGCCCGACGUGUAACGGAUGACAUCUCCAAUAUGCUGAAGGAACAUCUGGGGCCGUCCUCAGUGGAAGUGUUUCCAUAUAGCGUGUUCUACGUGUUUUAUGAGCAGUACCUCACCAUCUGGGACGACACCUUCCGAUCCGUAGGAUUCUCUCUGGCUGCUGUGUUCGUAGCUACCCUGGUACUGACGGGGUUCAAUAUAUUCUCGGCGCUGAUCGUGGUCGCCAUGGUAGCAAUGGUGGUAGUCAACCUUGCGGGCUUGAUGUACUGGUGGAGUGUCUCCCUCAACGCUGUGUCGCUGGUGAAUCUCGUCAUGGCUGUAGGGAUAGCGGUGGAGUUCUGCAGUCACAUCGUGCAUGCGUUCAUUCUGUCCACAGAGAAGACACGGAUCCUAAGGGCAACGGACGCUCUUAUCAACACAGGAAGCUCAGUCCUAUCCGGAAUUACAUUGACGAAAUUCGCUGGAAUUGUGGUUCUGGCAUUCGCCAAGUCUCAGAUCUUUCGCAUCUUCUACUUCAGGAUGUACCUGGGUAUUGUGCUGAUUGGUGCGACCCACGGUCUCGUGUUGCUGCCUGUUGUUCUCAGCUACAUCGGUCCUCCUAAAAACGUACAAGGGACGAGUUCACCACUUUACCAAGCCGUCUCGGAGGACCGCAUUAACGGACGAACAACACCCUCAGGGCCUCCUAACAAUCAACGAUGAAAUGCUCACAAACUAACGAAAAUCAAUUUUCGACAUCAUAUUAAAAUUAAAUUAAGAUUGUUUUGACAACAGUGAAAUAGCAGUAGUGCCACCACGAUACCGAAACAAAGCAGGCAAUUAAAAGAAACCGAAAAAAAGAUGAACACAUUGAAGUAUGAAUGGGUAAAAAGGAAUUUAUGUGAUUAUUGUUCAUAGUUUGUACGUUUAAGGAUUGAACCAUAUGGGAAUUGAGCCUCUGAAAUUCUUCUCUUUAAUUCUUGUAAAGACAUCUGUUUCACGUAGCAUAUUUCGUCCUUUACACGGCGAUUAAAAUGCAUCUGAGGGACUGAUAUCCGGUGAACGCGGAGGCCAAGAACUCAGAACUCCUCUGCGCAUCAACGUAAAAUGAGCAUCAAGUGAGCGUAACUAAGCGUCCGUGCUUACAUGUCGUGUCCCUGCACGUAGCCAAUCACGGUCCAGAAAUAAAUAUGAAGACGGCUACUGAUUUCCAUCUGGUGACGACGAUAACAAGCAUAGGGGCAUUUUUGCCUUGCUGCAAGUCUUCUGGGAUGCAAGACCAUGGAGUCCAGCAGAAAUCUACAUAUGUUUCGGAGUAAUUUAGAGUCUAUAUCUUCAGGACCGAAGAGUAAGGCGAAGGAAGGAAACCAGGAACAAUCCGGACUACACGGCGUUAUAUCCCAAGAUAAUUAAUUCUUCAUAAUCACCGCUGUGAUAAUCUCAAAUUCAACUUGCUUACUGCGGGAAAAUUUUCUCCUCAUGAAGAUUUCUACUUCGUUCUGCUUGCUGCCUCCUUCAUGCUAGUUUCUUCCUUGACUUACUCUUCGAACCUGAAGAUGGAGGCAAUAUCUACCUUCGAAACAUUGAUUUUAACCGGAAUAAAACGGCAUUAUUACACAGAAGAGUCUUAUCACGGCGGUUGCAUGGACUUU